AUGGGGUAUGGUAUGAUUUUCACGCGUCAAAUGCUAAUGUGGCAUACAUCUUCACCGGUGAACACCGCCCCAGGGGCUAGAGGUUGUGAUGUGGAUUGAGCAAUCAUGAACAAAAGGCUAGCGGAUGGAAGUGUUGUGAAAAAAGAAAAUUUGACAUGGACAGAUCAUAUGGAUAAUGUUCUAGUUGAAGCUCUUGUAAAGGAAGAUGAUAUAGAGGAGGAAGUAUGGGAGCAAUUAAUUAAAGCGAACCCUGAAUCAGCUGCAUUCAGGACCAAAAAGAUUUCAAAUUACAGUCAGUUGGAGAUGUUAUUUUCAGAUGAUAGAGCAUCGGGAUCAAAAGCGGAAACAGCAAAAGAAAAAAAUGUCCGGUUAAGCAAAUCCAAAGAAAUUAAAAUAGAAAAAAUUGCUGAUGUGGAAAAACUAAUGGCAAAUAAGGAGGUAAGUUUGGAGAACGUACACAAAGAUGAUGAUGAGGACAUUCAAAUAGUGUCUGCAACAGAUGUUUCACCUGAUGGGAGUUCAAAAGCAAAGAAGCUGAAGAGUAAAAAAAGAAAACUAGAAAGCAAACUUCAAGAUGAAGAUGAAGUAGUAGCUGAACCUGAACCUGAACCUCAACCUCAACCUCAACUAGAAUAUUUUGAACACAAUAUUGUGCAAACAUUUAAAGAAAUCGUUGAUGUUAUGAGGGAAGGGAACAAAUCUCGUGACUAUACAGGUGAGGAAAUCGAGAAAGAGUUAGAGUUGAUGGGUUUGGAUGAUGAUGAAUUUGCAGAUGCUUUCAUAUAUUUAUCGCUUGUUAAAAGGUUUGUAAAGAUAUUGACAGGGUAUGGAAAUGUCAAUCAGUGAACACUAAAGUCUAUUCCAAUUAAUUAUUAUCUUCUUGAGGCUUUGGUCCAUUUAGCCCAGGUUAGAUGGGGGAGCUUAGCUGUUCAAUUAGAAUGAUAUGCACCUCUAAAAACGUAUUCAUGUAAACGGAAUUGAUGCUAUUGUGUGGUAGUUAUUGUCAUUUUUAAAUGGUUUUGUCGAAUUGAAUAUUUUUAUGCUUUUAUUAAAUUUUGUAUUUGAUUUUUUGAUUGUAACAUAUAUUUUUACAUUUGAUUCAAAUUGGAGAUUUGAAUUGAGUUAUCCCAAUCAAUCUAUUUUUCAACUUAGG